CCAACAUCAUAUCUUGUUCUUGAUCUUUAGGGCCCCUCUAUAAAACCUCAGAAAUUGAAUUGAACAGAAGCGAUACAACUUCAUUUGGUUGUUUAAUUCUGUAUUGCAUUAUCUCCACAGCAUUUUACAAUGUCUGUGAUCAUGAGAGGAGCCAUUCUGCUUUAUCUUCUCUGUUUCUGGACUCAGAGAAGAGUGGAUGCCAUAACACCCGAAGUUUUGGCAAACAUCACACGUGAGAUUAUAAGAGUGACCAACAUGAAUAAUCAGUAUUCUUUCGCUGUUGUUUUACCACAAGAUGAAUGCAACCGCCAGUGGACACAUGGCUUUACGGACAAUGCUGCUCAGCUAAUUCGUAGAGCACUCAAUGGCAACAAUCGAAUGUAUUUGGGUGAAAGAGUAAUCGCUGCUCGGCCUUUGUUUAACAGUGAUUUUACUGACCAUGCAGAGUAUCGCUUACUGGUUACCAAUGAAGAGGGACAUAGUCACAUGAGCGAUUUAAUAAACAAAUGGAGUAACGAGCCAUCCUGUACUGUAUUCUUCACUUUGAACUCACCAUGUGGAGAAAAAUGCUCAAACCCUGGAAACGAUUACAACAUUCUCCAAUUUUUAGAAGUUUUUAAAAAUCGAGAUCACAACAUGGUUGCUUUUGUGUUUAGUGACAUUUUCCAUUUUAACAUUAACAUGUCCAGGCAAGAUAUGUUAAAUCUGCUUAAGAGGAUUCAUGUAAAUGGGGGAAAUAUCCCUGUGUAUCGGUGUCCGGCUGGAAGUAAUACUUGUUUUAACUGUAUGGCUACCUUUAACACACAGAACAACAGAUGUCUUGAGGGAAUGCCAAAUUAACAUUUUGCAAGAACUGGUUUGAGAAAUGCUAUGCUAAUAAUCUGUGGCUCAUUGAUUGAGAUGCAUACUAUUUCUUAAAAUAAUAUGUAUUCAAAUUUUAGCUACAUAGAAAUGUUUAUUUUCUGCUAUUUAUAUUUUGGUAUUUUACUGCUUUAUUAUGCCUAUUAAGCAUGCCUUGAACUAAGAUAAAUAACAAUAAAACUGCAGCAUUAAGAAAGUAUUUAUAUUUAUUAUAUAUAUUAUUUAGUGGCAAACUUUGUCUGAGAUGUAUUGUAAUCUAGGAAAAAUGGCACAAGCUGUCAUUGGGGUGGGACC